CCUCACAGAGAGCACACACACCAUCUGUGUCAGUGCACCAUGGAGAGAGCUGCUGUGGUGUCGGGCCGCAGGAGUCCCUCAGUACCAGAGUACAACAUCUCGACCUCCACCUUGUCCUUCGACCAACAUUUCACCACAACUGCUGAAGGAAUUCUUCUCCUGGCUGAGAUAGUGUGUGGUAUGUUAGUGUGGAUUCUGGUUGGGGGUACAGAGUAUUUUCAACUGUCUGCCCUGUGCUGGGUGAUGUUUGUUGCCAUCUUGUGCUGGGUUCAGACGGUUUUCCUGUUUAUAAUUUACCUCACUGGCGCUCACAAAAGGAUAUCACAGAUCCCUUGGACUACUCUGUCGCUAUGUUUGAACUGCAGUGCAGCAGCACUCUAUCUGGUGACAGCAGUGGUAGACGCUCUGUCAGUUAACCAGGCCAUUAAGGGGCGACACAACUACAACUGCUGGGCAGCAUCUGCAUUCUUUGCUUUUCUGACCACACUGUGCUAUGCAGGAAGCAGUUACCUGAGCUAUCGUGCCUGGAAAACCACAGAAGAGGAGCAGUAGUCUCAUGUCUCAUGUUUUAUGACAACAUUGAUCAGGCUUUCUGCAGUAUGAGGAACAUGUCUGAUGGAGAGAGAUUCAAUUUCUGAUAACACAAGGCCUCAGUCAAAUUAAAACUUGUAUAGAAGAAUAUAAUGAAGAAUAAUAAAGCAGAGGUCAUUGAGAACAUAUAUCAGUUUCAAACUUUCAAAUUGUUUGCUGCUGUAUGUGACUAAGUGCAUAUUGUCCCCACUGUGGAAACAAAAUAAGACAAAAAAGGAGAAAAUAUUGGGUACAGGUAUUGGGUAAUAGACCAUCAGAGUUCAAUCUUUCUUGACUCAUUACUCUUUUUACAAGUGUUUUGCUUCAUUAUUACUACAUCCAAACAAGCUGUUUUUACUUUAUUUUCACAAGAGGAAAAAAGCCUGAAUCGUACAUUUCACAAAAUGUUGUAUGUUGCAUGCAACAGAAUUUAAUAAGGCAAACAUUUUACAUUAAAAAUAUGGAAACAUAAAAACCAUGAAUAAUCUCUUGUUAUCCUUACAGUUUCCACAAAAUACAUGUGGUUUUGAUUAAAGGUGUGAUAUAUUA